GUCGUGGAGAGUUCGACGUUGGCGUUGGAAUACGGCGAUCUCGAGAUCGACCCCGGCUCCCCGGUGAACCCGGAUCUACUGUUCGAUUCGCAGCUGAUGCAUCUCUAUGUACUGACGGAAAAGAAGGUGUCGAAGGUCAAGGUGCAGGAGUGCUCGGUCUACAAGACCUGCUGGGAUUGCCUGGGCGCGAAAGACCCGUAUUGCGGCUGGUGCUCGUUGGAGAACAAAUGCAACCUGCGCAGCGACUGUCAGGACGCGGCCAAGGACCCGCUCUAUUGGAUCUCCUACAAGAGCGGCCGGUGCACGACGAUCACCACCGUCACCCCGGACCAACUGCAGCGCACCACCGCCAGGACUCUCGAGCUCGUGAUCGAGAAUCUGCCGACCCUCUCGGGCCAGUUCCUGUGCGCUUUCUCCGCCCUCGACAAGACCCUCAUCACGAAUGCCUCGAGGAAGUCUUACGGCGUCAACUGCACCACGCCGAGGACCGACUUGUUGCCGUCGAUACCGCCAGGCCGGCAUCACUUCACGGCGAAGUUGUCCGUCAGGAUGACCAACGGGCCUGAUCUGGUCGCGACGAACUUCACGUUCUUCGACUGUAACACGUACAGCUCGUGCACACAGUGCGUGUCGUCGAGCUUCCCGUGCGACUGGUGCGUCGACGGCCACCGGUGCACACACGACACGGCGGAGAAUUGUCGGAACGAUAUCCUCGUUACGGGAGUCAGUAGAAUGGGACCAAGCUAUAGAAGUGGGCCAGGUUUUUGUCCCACUAUAAACGCUACCGACUCUCAAGAGAUCCUCGUGUCUUCCGGUAUUAAAAAGGCGAUACGGGUUAAAGUGCAUAUCAUUGGGCAAUUCAUCAUACAAACGCGCUUCGUGUGUCAAUUCAACAUCGAGGGUCGCGUGACGAGCGUGAACGCGCGCCUCUUGGCCGACACGAUCUAUUGUGACGACACCGAAUUCUCCUACACGUCUCGCGCGCCAAACAUCACGGUGCCCUUCGCCGUGAUCUGGGGCGGCUCGAAACCCUUGGAUAAUCCGGACAACAUACACCUGGUGAUAUACAGAUGCCGCGACAUGGCGGACAACUGCGGUAUGUGUUUGGCGCUGCCGACGAAGUACGGCUGCGGCUGGUGUCAGACCUCGGACAGAUGCGAAGUGAGGGAUCAGUGCGACCGCGGCGUGGGCAUGUGGCUGAACAGCAAUUCCACCUGCCCAAAUCCGGAGAUACACAUAUUCGAGCCGGUAAUGGGGCCCUGGGAGGGUAACACGAACGUGACGAUACGCGGCAUCAAUCUCGGCAAGACUUUCAAGGACAUAGCCGGAGGCGUGACCGUGGCCGGGAUGCGGUGUCUACCGUACGAGGAGCUCUACAUACGAACGAAGCAGAUCGUCUGCCGGGUCGACGGUCCGGGCACGCAGGAGGGCCGGAGCGGCCCCGUGAUCGUCAAGAUCGAGGAUUUCCGCGGGGAGUCCGAAUACAACUUCGAGUUCGUGGAUCCGCAGAUCCUCUCGAUAUCGCCGAAGUACGGGCCGCUGAGCGGCGGCACCACCAUCAAGAUCACCGGCAACUACAUGAACGCCGGCAGCACCAUCCACGCCGACAUCGACGACCUGCCCUGCUCGAUAAUAAGCGCCGAGUCUAACGAGGCGCUGUGCAUGACCAGCCCGAGCGAUCGCAAGCGGAGCGGCAUGCUGAAGAUGUCCUUCGACGGCGGCAAGCGUCUCUACGACGGUUUCUUCGAGUACGUGGACGAUCCGACGAUAGAGAGCGUGGAGAGCGGCGUGGCCGGUCAGAUGAAGGUGCCGAAGGGCAUACCGGCGGGCGGGAUUAAGAUCUCGGUCACCGGGAAGAACCUCGGCUACAUACAGAGCCCGCAGAUGUACGUCUACUUCGACGAGAAGAUGUUCGUGUCGCAGUGCGAGGUGCACAGCCAGGAGAGCAUGGUGUGCAAGUCGCCGACGAUCGAGGUGCCGGAACACGUGAUGCUGGACGCCGAGCGGCCGCUCUCCCUGGAGUACGGCUUCCGCAUGGACAACGUCACCGGCGUGCGGAAUCUCUCCCAGCACGGCUUCAAUCAUUUCCUCCUCUAUCCGAACCCGAUCUACGAGGUCUUCGACGAGGAGAUCAAGUACUACAAGAGCGACUAUCUGACGAUCAACGGCCAGCACCUCGACCGCGCCUGCCAGGAGUCCGACGUGGUCGUGCAGAUCGGCAACGCUUUUUGCAACGUCACGUCCUUGUCGCGGCAGCAGCUCACCUGUCGGCCGCCUUUGACCCAGCCGCCGGCGCUCGACUCGCAGGGUCUGCCGAACAAGCAGGAACUGCCGGAGGUGAUACUGAUCGUCGGCGGUACUCUGCGUUACAACAUCGGCAAGCUCAGCUACGCGUUGCCGGCCGGACUCAACGGCCCGUUGUCGAAGCCCGCGCUCAUCGGCGUGAUCGCCACCAUCGUGAUACUGAUCUUCGUAUUCAUAGCGUUCCUCAUCGCCUACCGUAGGAAGUCCACCGAGAGCAACAGGGUGCUGAAGAACAUGCAGGAACAGAUGGACAUCUUGGAGCUGCGGGUCGCCGCUGAGUGCAAAGAGGCCUUCGCCGAGCUGCAGACGGAGAUGACGGAUCUCACGGGCGACCUGACCAGCGGUGGCAUACCGUUCCUCGAUUAUCGCACUUACGCGAUGAUGAUAUUAUUCCCCAGUGACGACAACAGCCCGGUGUUGCAGUGGGACAGGCCGGAAUUGGUGCGGAAGGAGAAAGGGCUGCGUCUGUUCGGCCAACUGAUUAUGAACAAGACUUUCCUGCUGCUGUUCGUGCGCACGCUCGAGAGCAAUCGUUACUUCUCCAUGAGAGACCGCGUGAACGUCGCCAGUCUCAUCAUGGUCACGCUUCAGAGCAAGAUGGAGUAUUGCACGGACAUUCUGAAGACCCUGCUGGCGGACCUCAUCGAGAAGUGCACCGAGGGCAAGAGCCACCCGAAGUUAUUCCUGAGACGAACUGAAAGUGUCGCUGAGAAGAUGCUGUCUGCCUGGUUCACGUUUCUUUUGUACAAGUUCAUGAGAGAAUGCGCUGGUGAACCGCUGUACGUGUUGUUUCGCGCGGUGAAACAGCAGGUCGACAAGGGUCCCGUAGAUGCGAUUACAUCGGAGGCACGGUACUCUUUGUCGGAAGAAAAGUUGAUCAGGCAGUCUAUCGAUUUCAAGCCUAUGACGGUCUAUGUCUCGAUAUCGCAGCAAACCGUAUUCGUCGGCGGGAUGGAUCCGAAUACGGAAAACGUGCCGGUCAAGGUCCUCGAUUGUGACACGAUAUCUCAGGUGAAGGAGAAAGCGUUGGACACGAUUUACAGAGCGACUCCUUACAGCCAAAGACCGCGAAAGGACGACCUCGAUCUCGAAUGGCGAACUGGCGCAUCCGGCAGAUUAAUUCUCUACGACGAAGACUCGACAACGAAGACAGAGGGCGAAUGGAAAAAGAGGAACACUUUGAAUCAUUACAGGGUACCAGACGCAGCGUCGCUCAACUUAGUCUCCAAACAAUCUUCUAUAUAUAAUCUCUCGAUCCUGUCGGAGAAGACAGACAAAUCGCACAAGUACGAGACGUUAAAUCUCAGUAAGUUUAGCUCGGCCAGUCCUCCGCUCUCCCGUGCCACCUCGCCGCUCAAUCAGAACCACGACGGUGGUAUGAAGGUCUGGCACCUGGUGAAGCAUCACGACUCGGAUGCGCGGAAGGAAGGUGACCGCGGCAACAAGAUGGUCUCCGAGAUUUACCUGACGAGGCUACUGGCGACGAAGGGUACGCUCCAGAAAUUCGUCGACGAUCUAUUCGAGACCAUAUUCAGCACUGCCCACCGCGGCUCGGCGCUUCCUCUCGCUAUCAAAUACAUGUUUGACUUCAUGGACGAUCAAGCGCUGCAACACGGCAUAUCCGAUCCCGAGGUGGUACACACGUGGAAGAGCAAUUCCCUCCCGCUCAGGUUUUGGGUCAAUCUCAUAAAAAAUCCGAAUUUCAUCUUCGACAUACACAAGUCCAACAUCGUGGACUCGUGUCUGUCCGUCGUGGCGCAGACGUUCAUGGACAGCUGCUCAACGUCGGACCAUAGAUUAGGUAAGGACUCUCCGAGUUCGAAACUGUUAUACGCGAAGGACAUUCCAGUGUACAAAGAGUGGGUAGAGCGUUACUACUCAGAUAUCAAAGUCAUGCCAGCCAUAUCCGAUCAAGACAUGAAUGCCAUGCUUGCCGAAGAAUCGAGGUUGCACACAACGGAGUUUAACACGAACUGUGCUUUAUACGAACUAUAUACGUACGCGGGUAAAUACAACGAACAACUGAUAGUCACUCUCGAGGAGGACGAGUUCUCGCAGAAGCAGAGACUGGCGUACAAACUCGAGCAAGUGCACAAUAUAAUGGCGGCGGACAACCCCUGAUGUACCAUGAAUUCCAUGAAGCACCCGACGAAGCCCGCUCGUCAAGAGUUACCUUGCUGAGCGGUCGAUCGCGUUUCGGUAUUCUCGAAUGGCGCGAACCGAAGGGAACUGACUGGCCUAUCUUGUAAUCGAUUGUCUCAGGUUCCGUGCAAACAAGCCAGUUUUUUCGCCAACUUGACGCGAUUCGCGCGAGUGAACUCUCGGGAGGACCCGCAAGGUGGGUGCACGCCGCGAGUUAACUAGGAAGUUAAUUAAAGGACUAAGUGUUAAAAAGAAAAACGGAAAAAAAGAUAUGUGUCGAGGAAGUCUUCUCAGAGGUCGCCGGUUCGUAAGGUGUGGCCAUAAUCAUAAGCACAUGCCGCGCGCAUAUUGUACAUAAGAUAUCAAAAAAAAAAAAAUCAUGAGUAAUUGUAAUAGGAUAUUAAAUGUACGAUCACAUCUCUCCGGCGUCCGAGUCGUGCAAGAAGAGAGCAGCGGGGCCGCGACGUUUCCCUUCCCUUCCCUCCCAACCCUCCCUCACACCAACCCUCGCUGCGCUGCGGCGUGAUCGCACGUUUUGCAUAAAUCGCGAGUGAUUUUAAGAUGAAUGUAAUAAUGGAGCACUAGUGAUAAGGCGAGUGAGGGAAUCAUCAAGCCGGAUUGAUCGAUAUUUGUAAAUGUGUUUAAAAAACGGUCGAUUGCCGGCGCUCGGGAAGUUCGGCGAUCGGCGAUUUUUAACGAAGAAACAUUUCCAUCCACCGCUACUAGCUGAAAUUUUUUGAAUUACGAACUGACGAAUUUUAAGAGAUUAACGAUAAUUACGGAUAACAGUGAGUAA